AUGAGGAAUAGUGGUGUUAGCGUGACGAGUGUUUUCUUUGGAAGGCUCCGUGAUUGUUUGGGCUCGUUUUUUCUUGUGACGUGUUGUUGGUGGCGAUCGAACAAAGUAUCAGCGGCGACGCCAACACGGCAAAUAAAUGUCGGCGUGGAGGAAGAAGAUGGGAAGAAGAAGCAUAACAAGAUCAAAACAUCCAAGUACACUUUCCUUAUGUUUGUACCAAAGAACUUGAUGGAGCAGUUCCGGAGAGUGGUCAACUUUUAUUUUUUAAUUGUGACCGUCAUCUCUGUAGUCAUAGAUAGUCCCGUAUCUCCGUUUACGAGCAUCGCGCCUUUAUCCUUCAUGGUUCUGGUGACGGCUGUUAAGCAGGGCUACGAGGACUGGCUCCGGCAUAAAGCUGACAAUAAAGUAAACAAUCAGAUCGUGGAAACAGUUCACAAAGGUGUAAUAAAAGAGGUUCGAAAUUCGUCAAUCGCACCUGGGACUCUGGUUCGCGUGAAACGUGGUAGAGAAGUUCCUGCUGACCUUGUGCUUUUAUGCUCAGCUGGGGAAAAAGGAAAAUGUUACGUCACUACCGCCAAUUUGGAUGGCGAAACAAAUCUCAAGACUUUGAGGGUCCCUCCGCCGUUUGUGGGAUAUACAGCUGAUAUAAUACCACAAGGCAUGCGUAUAGAAGUCCCACAACCUGUAGCAGAUCUAUACACGUUUUAUGGACGUCUUGAAAUACCCGGCAUGGACAGCCUGGCUCUGUCCACGGAUAACAUCAUGUUGAGAGGAUCCAGGGUUAAAAAUACUGAAUGGGCGAUUGGUUGUGCCGUUUAUACAGGCGAAGAGACGAAACUUGCUCUUAACUCAAAGUACUCAGGAAACAAGUUCUCAUCAAGUGAAGCGGCAGUCAAUAAAUUCCUAGCACUGUUCAUUUACCUUCUUAUCGUAGAGAUAAUAGGAUCAUUUGUUGCCAAAGUCGUGAUAGAGAAGUUGAACCCGGAACGGAACGAGUAUUUAGGAAUGGAAUCAACGUUUUCUCUAAGCUUUUCAAGUAUUCUACAGGAUUUAUUUUCGUUCUUGCUUAUUUAUUACUACAUCAUACCAAUGUCAUUAUACGUCACGAUUGAAUUGUAUAAGUUUAUCGGCGCGCUAUUUAUUGGAUGGGAUGACGACCUUCGAUGUGAGGAAACUGGAAGACCGGCGAUAGCGAACACGUCCGAUCUAAACGAAGAGUUGGGUCAAGUGGAAGUGUUGUUCUCAGAUAAAACAGGAACUCUAACUAAGAAUCUCAUGGUGUUCAAAGCGUGUUCCAUCAAAGGACAAAUUUAUGAGGAAAGGGAUUCAAAAUUGUACGACACGGAGCGGUUCGAUGAGCCCCUAGACACAUUUCAGACAGACAUUACAUUUUUCUUCACAAUCCUCGCUCUAUGCCAUUCAGUGCAGGUGUCGACUGAAGAUAUGAAAAAAUUAAGUACAAGGAUCUCUGGUAACGAUAAUUUACAAAUAAUGAAUAUAUUCCGAAGGAAGAAACAGAGCAAAAUGAAUAAUAAAAGUGUUCUUGAGGACGCGACAUGGAAGACGAUCAUGAAUGAGAUUGGUAGUAAAAUGGACUAUCAGGCCAGCAGCCCGGACGAGAAGGCUCUCGUCGAAGUAGCGGAUAGAGUUGGUGUUACUUUCUUAGGAGAAGAAGGGAAUACAUUAAUGCUUAGGAUUGGAGAAAACACUGAGUUAUAUGAAAGAUUGCAAGUUAUAGAAUUUACGUCGGAGAGAAAAAGAAUGUCGGUCAUUGUAAGAGAUAAGAAUGGAAAGAUAUGGUUGUUUUGUAAAGGUGCUGAGACUUCUGUAUUUCCGAUUUGCAAAGACACUACAUUAAUAGAAGAGAUUGACAAAGACAUAAAUAUUUUCGCAAACAAAGGUCUAAGGACGUUAGCAAUUGCUUAUAGAGAAAUACCAGAGGAGGAAUAUGAAAGGGUAUCCGAAUCGAUUAAGCGAAUAGAUGGCAAAAGCGCGGAAGAGCUCCAGCAGGUGACGCAGCAGUAUCGUGUGUUGGAGCAUCAGCUGACUCUGGUGGGUGCGACGGCGGUGGAGGACUGUCUACAGGACGGCGUUGCGGACGCGCUGGCCGCGCUCCGCCGCGCUGGCAUACGCACCUGGGUGCUCACCGGAGACAAGGUAGAAACAGCAAUCAACGUUGCCCAAUCUUGUGCACACAUUUCCGAAAAUGACAGACGUAUGUUUCUCGUCAACAUAGAAAAUGAAGAAGCUUUGGAAGCAAAUCUAAGUAUCUGUCAGCGAACAUUACAAGAACCAAGUUACAGAGAUCUAACGCUAAUCGUCGAUGGGAUAAGCAUGAGUUGUAUCCUGGACAAACCGGCCGCGAGUAGCUUUGUUGAUAUAUCUUUGAAAUGUGACGCCGUGCUGUGUUGUCGGCUGUCACCAAUACAAAAAGCGAAAAUAGUUAAACUAAUAAAACAGAGUCCAGAAAGACCUAUAACAGCCGCGAUAGGUGAUGGGGCAAAUGAUAUAUCUAUGAUACAAGAGGCGCAUGUCGGCUUUGGAAUAUUUGGUAAAGAAGGUCAUCAAGCUGCAAGAUCAGCGGACUUUGCUUUUACAAAAUUCGCGAUGAUUAAGAAAAUGUUAUUGGUAAUGGGGCACUGGUAUUAUCAGCGUCUUGCUACACUUAUACAUUUCUUCUUUUACAAGAAUCUAGUCCUUGGGAAUAUUAUGUUAAUUUUUCAAUUCAAUUCAGCUUUUUCAACGCAGUCGAUAUUUGACUCGAUGUAUCUCACAUUCUACAACUUCAUAUUUACGUCAGUUCCUUGCCUGAUACUCUCUGUCACUGACCAGAGAUGGCCAGCGGAUCUUCUUAUGAAGAAUCCAACAUUGUAUAGAGAAAUAAGAAGAAAUAAACUGCUAACAUGGUCCCAAUUGGGUGCGUGGUUUCUGUCCGCGCUCUACCAUUCUCUAGUCAUCUAUUACUUCUCGAAGGCGCUGUUCGAUACGUCCCUAAUAAGCUUGGACGGAAAAACUGUCGACCUAUGGUCGUUCGGCGCCUGCCUGUUCCACUUGGUGAUGGUGGUCGUGACGAUGCGGCUUAGCCUGCAGGCGCGCUACCACACGCUCGUGUACGCGGCCUCGGCGCUGCUCUCCGUGCUCAUCUAUAUCGCCUUCAACGCCGUAUACUCUCUACUUCAUAAUGUGCAAGUCGAUGGCGAUGUUCUAGGCACUUACAUUCGACUUUUGUCUUCGCCUUCCUUCGCUUUCUUAAAUGUCCUCGUCAUAAUCAGCACACUCACUCCGGACUUCUGCAUUCGACUUAUUGCAGAUAAAUGGGGCAGACGAAAUAUGAAAACCGAAAAUAUGAAUCAAUCUAUAUUUUCAACUAGACUUUAAGAUGUCACUCUAAAAUAAUGACAAUAGAAAUAAUUACAUAAAUACAAGUAAACUAAUAGCAAUAAAAAAUAGCAUUUAAAAUGAAAUGCAACACAUUAACGCAUAGUUCUAAAAAAAUCAUAGCAGUGUUAUUAAAUUAUAAAUAUGAUAUUAAUAGGUUUUUUUUAUAUUAUUUACUUUAAAAUAAUAAAAGGACCAAAAUAGAAUUAGG